AAUUCGUGGUUCUGCUGCGAAGAGAAACGCCCAUCAAGCCUGUGAUUGGACGUAUUUCGUGAAGCCAGACCCUCUAAAUCCAACCCGUUUCCAACUUUUGCCUGAGAGCUGAAAUGAAAACCUUGGGGAAAGAGAGGAAUUCACCGUUUUUAUCCAUGAAUUAGGAUUUCCUCCACAGGAAGUAAUAAUAAAUAUAUAGACGCUGGAGCUGACAUGGCGUGAAGUCGCUCGUAACGUUUACAUCAAUAUUCUCAAGGAGGAUCAGCCGGUAUGGCAGAUGGGGAGGAGGCCAUGAGCCAGGAGGACUGGAAGGAGAAGUGUAUGGUCCUGGAGGCUCUGCUCAUGAAGUUCAGAGUGCAGAUCAUCAAGAUUCGAGAACUCACCGCUGACAAAAUUCAGCAGUUGGAGACACAAGUGAUCGAUGCAGAAAAACGGGCCUUCACUGCUCACCAGCAGGUGCAGUGGAUGGAGGAGAAGCUGAAGGCGGAGUCCGGAGACUCAGAGGUGCGUUUGUUUCACCGGUGCCAGGAGCUGCAGUCCUUGGUGCAGGAGAAGGAAGACGUCAUCGCCCAGCUGGAGCAGCAGCUGGAGGAGCAGAAACAGAUCCGACUUCAAGAUGCCAAAACAGUGGAGGAGAAAGCAGCUAAGAUCAAGGAAUGGGUGAUGUUGAAGUUGUCAGAGUUUGAGGUAGAGAAUGCAGCAUUAAGAGAAACCAACAAGCAACAGGAGGCUCAGGUUCUGGAGCUACAGAAACAAGUGCAGGCCUUCGAACAGAAGUGCGGUGGUGGACGAGGAGCCCUGUGCAGACCAGGUGAGGCACAGCGUCUCAGCAGCCUGACGUUUGGCUGUUUCCAGGUCAGAGGGAAGAACCCCCAGGUCCUCACUGGACCAGCACCCUCUCAGAAGACCCUCAGCACACAGGGAGAGACUGAGGGCAGAGAUGAAACUGUGAAGAGUAAGCAGACAACCUCUUCAGAGAUAGACGGUGACGUCCACAGACCAGACCAAACUGGACUUCUGUGUUCUCCUUUAGGGGAUGGCAGUGCAUCUGAAAGCCUGGGUGGGAAUGCAUGUGGACCUGAGCCUCGGGGUGUCUCCUCUGUGCUCUCCAGCGCUGCAUCAGAGGGGCGGGGAGGAGAAGGGUGUGAGGGCAGAGGAGGAGGUGGAGUGUGUGGUCUGGAGUUCAGCCGACCAGGCAGUGAGACCUACCUGACUGCUUCAGACGACAGCAGCUCUCUGUUUGACGAUGACAUGCAGCGAGCGGAGCAGCCCGGCUUCAGCCUACCGGGAUCAUCAGAAGGGACCCUGGGAGGGUGUAAGGAGCGGGAGGAGGAGGCACACAGUGCCAAGCUGGAGGACUGCACCUCUGAGGAGCUCAACAAACGAUUCCAGUCACAAAGACUUGACUCCUCGUCCUCUUCCAGCGAACCUAACACUCCCAGCCCCAUUCUCACACCAGCCCUCACACCCAAACGACCCAACCCACCUCAGGACCCAAGGGACAACCCUGCCUCACCCAAACAGCCACGCCUGCGGACCCCAGCAGGGUUCGGGUUGAUGAAUGUGUCUCUGGCCAAGAAACACCUGAGCCAACCGCCAAUCAACACAGAGGCAGCACAUGGACAAACACGUAACGCCCUCAGCAUGCUGCGCCUCUUCCGGCCACAGGAAACUGACCUUGACCAGGAGCAGGAGGUUGGCAUGGAGACGGGCAGGGACACGCCUCCUCAAGUCCUUCCCAGCUCACAAGCUAUGCCCACCAUGCCUUUCUUGCAGACCUCACCUGAACCUGGUACAGAGAUGAGCCCAGAGAGGCCGGACUGUGACAUCUCAGCACCUGGCAGCAAACCUCCUACACCCCCUUUACACAGGCUGCCCUCCUGGGAGAGUCGUAUCUAUGCCGUGGCUAAAUCAGGAAUCAGACUGUCUGAGACAUCCUGCACAGACCCUGCUAGCAAAGACCCUUCCCUCCAGUCCUCCUAUCCUGCCUUUGUAAUGUACACAUCCCUCAUCUAUAAAAACAUGACUACACCAGUUUACACUACUCUGAAGGGGAAAGCCACUCUACUGAGCAGCAGUCCAUUCUCGGACGAGUCGUCCAGCUCUGAGGAGUCGUCUAGUUCAGGAGAGGAGGACGGCUCCAUCUGCAGCUCCCACACCUCAUCUAGCUCCCGCAAGGACAGCAGCCCCAGCAGCCCGCGCUCUCUCAAAAGAGCUGUGUCCAUGUCUUCAAUGACAUCAGAGAGCGACUAUGCCAUCCCACCUGAUGCAUACUCCACCGACACAGAAUGCUCUGAACCAGAGCAGAAAUUGCCCAAGACCUGCUCUUCAGCCAGCGACAACGGCAAGAGCGAGCCGAUGGAGAAGUCAGGUUACCUGUUGAAAAUGGUGAAGACCUGGAAGAAAACCUGGAAGAGACGCUGGUUUGUCCUCAAAGACGGAGAGCUGCUCUACUAUAAGUCACCUAGCGAUGUGAUCAGGAAACCUCAGGGUCAGAUCGAGGUCAACGCCACCAGCAGCAUCGCCCGUGGAGAGGGAAAACAAGUUCUCCAGAUAGUGACGGGGAAGCGUGUUUACUACCUGAAAGCUGACUCUCCUAACCUGCUGGAAGAGUGGCUCAGGGUGCUGCUGAGCGUGCUGAGGGUGAAAGCUGCCAGUCCUCUCUUCACCCAACCAGAUAUUCGACCUGGCAUGAAGGGACUGCUCAUAAAGGUGAAGCAUGGCUACUCUAAGCGGGUUUGGUGUGCUCUGAUUGGCAAAACGCUGUACUACUUCCGGAGCCAAGAGGACAAGUUCCCGCUGGGUCAGAUUAAGCUGUGGGAGGCCAGGGUGGAGGAGGUGGACAGGUCCCGGGAUUCAGAUGAUGACCUGAAGGCGUGUGGGCGAGGCUUACAGCUAGCACCCUUCACCAUCGCUAUCCACCCACAGGAGCAAGGACCGACCUACCUGCUAAUCGAGUCCCGCCAUGAAAAGGAUUCGUGGCUGUACCAUCUGUCUGUGGCAGCAGGCACCACGGUGGGUCAAGUUGGCACAGAGUUCGAACAACUGGUGGGAAAACUUUUCCAGUUGGACGGAGAUCCAAACUCUCAGAUCUGGAGACAUCCCAUGCUGUGUUUCAGUAAAGAGGCUCUGUCGUCUCCUCUCACCACCCUGCCCUCACAGGCCCUGCAGACAGAAGCUGUUAAACUCUUCAAGACUUGUCAGCUUUUCAUCAAUGUGGCCAUCGACGCCCCGGCUAUCGACUACCAUGUCUCACUGGCCCAGAGUGCCUUGCAGGUGUGCCUGGCCCACCCAGAGCUUCAGAACGAGUUAUUUUGCCAGCUCAUCAAGCAGACCCGCAAGAGGCAGCCACACGGCCAUCCAGGACCCCUGCAGGGCUGGCAGUUUCUUGCCUUGUGUGUUGGACUGUUUCUGCCUCAGCAUCCUUUCCUCUGGCUGCUCCAGGUUCACCUCAAAAGACAUGGAGACUCCAGGACCGAGGUGGGUAAGUAUGCAAUCUACUGCCAGCGGUCCAUGGAGCGGACCCAGCAGAAGGGUGAGAGGCAGGCCAGGCCAUCCCGUAUGGAGAUCCUGUCUAUCCUGUUGAGGAAUCCCUAUCAUCACUCGCUGCCAUUCAGCGUCCCUGUUCACUUCCUCAACAACACCUACCAGGUGGUGAGUUUCGAUGCGUCAACCACAGUGGACGAGUUCCAGUGUCGCCUCAACCAGGACACUGGAAUGAGAAAAACUGGGCUAUCUGGUUUCAGCUUGUAUACCGAUGAUCCUACUGGACGAGAGCUGGAACACUGCCUGCAAGGAGGCAUCAAGGUUUGUGACAUUAUCUCCAAAUGGGAGCAGGCGUGUAAGGAGCAGCACACUGGCAAGUCUGAAAACACCAGGACUGUACGCCUCACCUACAAGAACAGGCUGUACUUCUCACUCCAGGUCAGGGGGGAGUCAGAGAGGGAGAGGUUGCUGCUGGCUUAUCAGACCAAUGAAGCCAUUGUAGCGGGACACUUUCCUGUCAACAAGGAACUGGCUCUGGAGAUGGCUGCCCUGCUGGCCCAGGUGGAGUUUGGGGAUUUUGAGCGUCCCUUCUCUGCUCCUGGAUCAGCCCAGACCAAGUCUAAACAAACCUUAAAACAGGUUCUGGAAAGAUUAUACCCCAAACACUACCGCAGAACCACAUCUGAGGAGCAGCUAAGGCAACUGCUGCAGCGUCUCUCUGCCCGCUGGGCCUCGCUCAGAGGUCGAAGUUCAUCUGAGUGCGUCAGGAUCUACCUGACUGUUGCCAGGAAGUGGCCUUUCUUUGGCGCCAAACUAUUUGAAGCAGAGUCCAUUACUCCCUCUCCGGAGCAGGGUGUGCGUGUUUGGCUGGCAGUGCAUGAGGAUGGUAUCAGUAUUCUGGAGCACAACUCUAUUAAACCGCUGGUGUCCCACCCCUACAAGAACCCGAUGACGUUUGGAGGCUGCAAACAGGACUUCAUGCUGGUGGUGGGACAGAGCAUUGGUACCAACGCCAGCAAAGACAAACCCUCAGAGAAACAUCUGUUUGCUAUGGACACCUCCAAGAUCAGGGAAAUCACCCUCCUCAUCUCCACUUACAUCAACAGUGCUCAUCAGCAGAAGGCCGUCACCCACCACCUCUCUGCCCCGGCUCUGAUGGUGGCCCAGCCCGUCAGCCUGAAGAGCAAAGAGCUGAGGAGCAAAUCCCCACCAGCGCUGGGACGCCCCAGCAAGGCCCCUACGCUGCUGUGACGACAUGACAAUAUAACGCCUUGAUCGCUCUGAGAAAUACACACUUUGUUGAGCUGCCUUUUAUUUAAAUUUAAAAAUGAAGGACUUCUUCCCUGCUCCAGUGGGACUUAUUCCAUUGUCAUACCGUACUUCUGUAUUAUCAUUCACAUCCUGUAUAUUUGUCUCAGUGGUCCGGAUUAAUUUCUGGUAUGUGGAAUGGUCAGUUCUCUGCCUACCGGAAGUGACAAAUACUGUCUCCAUCCACACUGUGUGUGUGUGUGUCUGUGUGUGUGUGUGUGUCUGUGUGUGUGUGUGUGUGUGUGUGUGUGUGUGUGUGUGUGUGUGUGUUUGUGUGUGUGUAUACACACACAUAGAGAGAGACAGCAGCUGAGGUUUCAGCAGUUCAAUAUCAUCAUACAGGAUUAUUGGGAGUUGAUGCCCUUCAAUUUUAAGCAGUUCACCUUCUGAAAGGUUACUUUUUGCCUUUCUCAGAGAAAACAUUAUGAGAUUUGGGCUUUUGGGCUUGAACUGGAGCUUUGAGCUUUAUACGGAGGUACAAGGGUGUCUAGGAACAUAUGAGAAGUUUUGCUUUAACAUCCUCCAGGGACCUUUUUACUCUCCCUGAUGAGUGUGUUGCUUUUAUGGUCUGACUGCACAGAAAAAGGUCGACAGCAUUUAUUGACGGACCGAGAUAGCAUUCUGAAAUGUCUCAUUAAUCUGUGCUGUCUGGUACAGUUCCUUUGGUAAAGAUGCCAUUUCAAGUUCAUAUUUAUAUCCCCAACUUCAAAAAUAUUGCAUAGUCAUACACCAUAUAGAAGAGGUGAUGAUUCUUUAUGAAGAAAUAAUUUAGAGGGUAUUUUUGUAUCUUUUUUGCCUUGCUGUAGGGCACAGUAUCUCUACCGGGAACUACAACUCUUACAGUGUUAGAUAUUGAUUUAGAAUGGAGGACACUGAACAGUAUGAUGAAAGCAGGAGGCAAAAACAAGUAACCAGCUGCAGCUGAAGAAAACAGAAAACAAAAGAGCUGAAACCAACUGCAGUGAAAAUGCAAUUGCUCAGUGUCCUGUCUGCAAUGACACAGAUGUGAGUGAUGUAGAAUGGAUGAGUUGUUUGUGUUGAGAAAGACUGAACCUUAUAAGAGGAAACCAGUUUGAGUGCUGUGUGCUCUUAGUUACUGAACAGCCAGAAGAGCUGUGAAACUUUAAUCGCGUACAAACACUCCAAGCCUCUCUGGUGCAGUUAGGGACCAAAAUCACCAUGAAGCUUCCACAUCAUUUGGGGAAGUGGUUACGUGAGAGAAGAGAACUAAAGCCUGCAUUUAAGUACACCCAUUUAGAGGAAAUGGAAGGAGGACAGUGUAUGGUUGCUGAAGGAGCUAAAGAGAACUAACAAGUUUCCUCUUCCGUUUAUUACCUGGCCCAGAAUAUGAAGAUAUUUUAAUGGAGAAGCAGGAUCAGAGAUAGUGACCCAUUUAACUUAAAGAUAAACUGGAAAAACAGGACAUUUUUUGUGUAAGGUACUUUUAAAAAAUGAUUUUCCCCUCCCAGUAUUGUCCUACACCUGUAUACAGCGAGAACUGUCAGGUAUUAUAUUUAUUUGUCAUAUGAAAUACAUUGUAUUUAAAUCAUCCUUGGAAUAAGUUUUAUGAUUAUUGUACAAGUGUAAUGCUUGAA